GAGUGAGUCAAGCCUCGUGCCAGAGCCCUCAGUUGUUCAGAUGUGAACCAGCUCCACCCUGCAGAAUGCAAAGAUAUCUCGGACCACGCUGCAGAUCCCCAGAGAUCCAUCCGUUCUAUUUCCUUCAGCACCCCUUAUCUGCGCUGCCGUUGGAGUCGUGACUCGUGCAUCUCCACAAAGUUCGUAAAUCCAUUUCCUUCAAUCAAUUUUGGCCACAAUUUGUGAUGACCAAUGAUUCAGCAGGUGAUGCGUGCAAAUUCCAGUGUCCCAUGCCCUGCGAUGGCAAGCGCAUCGUUGCGGGGUUAUAUUGAGGUAUCAUCCAGGUUUGGGAUGCUGAGGUCGGCGAGCGUCUCUGGCUUCUUCUGGUGGGGCUGCUGCGGCCACCUCUCCAGGGACACCAGUCAUAUGUCACCUCUGUUACAUUUUCACCGGAUGGCUAGCGCAUCGUGUCGCUGUCAUAUGACCACACCAUGCGGCUGUGGGAUGUUGAGACUGGCGAGACGUCGACGGUUGUCAGUUCUGUUGCAGUUCCGUCAGGUGAGAUCGACAUCGUGUCUGGAUCUCGAUCCAUCCACACAAUGCACAAGCCAUGACCUAGAACACCCCAUACGUUUUCCCCUGCACCCGGGGCAUGCUCUUGUUGAUAUUGCUGCGCUUCUCGACGAAAUCACUGCUCCAACACAAGAUACAUUGGAGGAUUCGGCAAUAUGGGUUGUAUUGGACCGGAGGACAGGCUUCUCUUUUGGGUCUCGUCAAACUACAAUACCCUGCGGUACCCUCUGGGGAUGCGGUGGGUUGUCCCAGCACUCAACCCUCCACUCGAUCUCAGCCAUAUGGCCCACCGAUUAUCGUGGGAGUCUUGUUAUGGAGGGCGCAUUCAUGUUCGACAUGCUUAGGAAUGAGUACAAGCUUCGUUGUAAAGCACCUUAGUUAUUGCCACACUUGCGAGCACCUUUGAACUGUAACUUCUCGUAGAGACGGUAAUUUAUCUAACAUGCUAGUCUUAUAUGUUGGAUCAUUACUCGCAGA